AUUCAUAAUAGUCGUAUCAUAAAUGACGAAAUAUCUUGACAUUAUAUCAGUACAGUCCAUUCAAUCGAGCGAAACAGUACUACGCGAAUGUUUGCGAAAAUGGCGGGAAAGUUUGACGUUUACAUUUUUUUAAAUUUAAUAUCUAUUGUCAUUGGACACGAGUUGACGCAAGUUAUUAUGUUAAGUAGGCAUAACAUUCGAACGCCUUUGACGUCGAACUUGGAACGAUUUUCACCAAACGUUUGGCCAACAUGGGACCAACAAGCUGGUUACUUGACCGCCAAAGGAACAAAGUUAGAAGAAUAUAUGGGUGAAUAUCUAUCAAAGUGGCUUAAAAAAGAGAAUUUGCUUAAUGAAAAUUGUCCGGAUGAUAACUCUGUGUAUAUAUAUGCCAAUGGUGUUCAAAGGACACGUAAUUCCGCAAAAGCUUUUGCUCACGGCGCGUUCCGUUUAUGCAAUGUGACUAUUCAUAGUAUUAAGUCUUACGAAAUGGAUCCAACAUUUAAUCCAAUUCUAAAAAACAAUUCAAAAGAAUUAAAAAACGCCAUAAUAAAGGAAAUGAAAAAAAAAUUAAACAAACUCGAACUAAAUCAAUCUUAUCGAGACCUAGAAGAAAUUAUCGAUUUAGAAAAUUCGGAAAUAUGUAAACAGGAUAACUUAUGCAGUUUUGUAAAUACAAAAGACAAUAUUUACUACGAAAUUGGAGAAGAACCUAAUAUAAUUGGCCCUUUGGCAUACGGAAACGCAAUUAUUGACUCCUUUAUUAUGGGUUACUACGAAGGAAUGGCCUUAGAAAAGGUUGCCUGGGGAAAAAUAACCACUGCAGAAAAAUGGAAAUCCUUAACAAAAAUUACAAAAGAAAAUCAAAAUAUCCGAUUUAAUAAUACGAUUAUAGCAAAAGAAGUAGCAGAACCAUUAAUCAAUUAUAUUAAAGAAUUGUUUGAAAGUAAAAAGGCACCGAAAUUUACUCUUUUACAUGGCCAUGAUUCAAACUUAAAUUCAGUAAUGGCUGCGUUCAGGUUUAAGUAUUAUGUGCUGCCAGAUCAAUAUGAGUAUAUUCCAAUUGGCGGGAAAUUAGUUUUUCAAAAAUGGCGCGAUACAGAACGUAAUAUUGAUUUAUUAAAAGUAAACUAUGUUUAUCAGACGGUUAAACAGUUAAGAGAAGGUAUAAAAGCGACUGAAGAAUUUCCACGUUGGUACGAAAUGGAAAUUUCUGGAUGCCCCAUUGACGAAAAUGGAUUUUGUCUUUGGGAUGAUUUUAUGAAAAUAUUGAAACAGUUUUAAUUCUAUCGGUAUACCCAUAUAAUAUAUUUUCAACAUUUAUAUUCUUGUCUUUCUUUUUAAGUGUUUAAGUUUUAUAAUAAACAGUUAUUUACAAC